AGAUCGAUAACGUCGCCGCUCUCUGGCCGUUCGUGCACGUUCGAUUUUCACCUGUGCCUUCCGUCGGAAGAAUGCGCGUGAAAAGUCAUCGCUGUCGUAGUUGUAAAAUCCAAGGUGUCGAUCGUCGCCAUGAACGACGACGGAGCCGUAUCUUGUCGUCUGGGUGUCGCGCCACGUAAUUGUGACAGGGUGGGGACGCGUGUGCGACGCCUCGCAUUUAUAGGUUAACUUUUCGCGCACAGGCGAUCAGUGCCGCUUCAACGAGGGCUCCGCGCUCUCUCGUUGGGUGAAGCUCCUCUUUUGUUCGUCGAGAGGUUAAAAUCCUUGUCGAGAGGCCAGACAGGGGCUCGGUCCUUUCUGUGCUGUCGGAUUUCACCUAGAAACCGAGCGUGAUUUAACCAGCGAAAUACAAUACACGGAGACGAAAAGCGUGCGCGUGCUCUCUCGCUCGCCUCACGUUCGCCCGUCAACCGUCAAAUCAGUGUUAUUGACAGAAACACGGCACGCCGUGCAACGAGUAAUCGCUCGGACACACGAUGACAGAGGAAAGGACGUUGCACGCGUAACGCCUGAACAAAGUUACUUUGUUCGCGGACGUUCGUGGAGGAUCGCUGUAACGCAAACUGUAUUCGCAUAUAAAUAGAAUAUCCGCGCAGUGGUACGCAGGAAACCGAAGCUUAUACGCUUGUGUGCACGAUCGCAGCAUCGGCCCCCCAGUCUCUUUGUCGGCGAAGUUGUCAUGACAAUUCGCGCGUGCCGUAUUGUUUCCCGUGGUGCGCAGUGUCGCUUCGUCCGAGUACGUCCGAGCACGUCCUAUCCGACUGGAUCUCGUCGUAGACCUGAUUUGGAACGCGCGCCGUGUGUGUGCAAACUAUAAUAUCCGCGUAACGUAACGAUAGAAACCGUGAUCUCGCAGUGGUGUGCGCCCGUGUAAGAACGUAGUGACGCGUGACAUUUGUUCGCCGUUCCAUUUACGAGAACCUGUUGUUUCGUUGUCUCACUGUAAAUCGUCAGACGAUUCGCGCGAUGCGAGCACGUUAGAACCUGUCACGGGGCGCGCGAGUUCAAGAGAGGACAUGGCAGCGGAUUUCGAUGACUGAGAUACUGUUUCCACUUCCUGGCAAUAUCGCACAGGGGCAGUUUAAGGUGCGCUCGUGCGACGAACGGUAGCGUAGGAAACGUUACGGGAUAAAGUAACGUGGAGGAAGAUCGCACGUAGCGGCGCGCAGCUGCGCGCACUUCAACGAAAAUAGAACUCUCUGCACGGUUGUGUGUUGGAGGCCGACGCACGUCGUGAACGAGCGCGAGGAGUGUGACAUUAAGGCGAUCGUAGAAUGUCGCGCGUGUCGCUCAACAAGUCGCAGUACAGCGGGUACGGCUCGCGUCGCGUGCGGAAGAUCAGCACGACGGAAAGCGAAUACUCUGUGGAAGAGCAUGCAAGAUUAACAAGUACUGAUGGACCAGGCGAUGAAACAUCUCCAGACGAUGAAGGGGGUUCGCUGUGUGAAUACCAUGACAUGCCACCACCACCUGAUGGUGGCUAUGGCUGGGUCGUGGUAUUUGCAUCCUUCAUGUGUAACAUGAUAGUGGAUGGUAUUGCCUAUACAUUUGGUGUUUUCCUGGGAGAAUUUGUUAGAUAUUUUGAUGAAGGGAAAGGCAAGACUGCAUGGGUUGGUUCAUUGUUAUCCGGCAUGUAUCUUAGUGCUGGACCUGUUGUCAGUGCUUUAACAAAUAAAUAUGGCUGUAGAGCAGUAUGUAUGGCUGGAAGUUUUUUAGGUGCAGCGGCAUUUAUACUUUCAACAUUUUCAUCCAGUGUAAAUAUGCUUAUGUUGACUUAUGGUGUUAUGGGAGGAAUUGGAUUUGGUCUAAUAUAUUUACCAGCAGUAGUUUGCGUAGGCUACUAUUUCGAAACCAAAAGAUCUCUAGCUACAGGCAUUGCUGUAUGUGGAUCAGGGUUUGGCACAUUCGCGUUUGCACCUCUUGCAACAAUGCUAUUAGAAACAUAUAGUUGGAAAGGAGCAAACUUAAUUCUUGCUGGCCUUAUUUUAAACUGUGCCGUGUUUGGUGCGUUGAUGAGGCCAUUAGAAUAUCCAAAACCAUCGUCCGUCAAGCCAUUGUUGCAAAGAAUGGCGGAAGAAAAGAGAUUCCAAAUGGAGCGUGGCAGUAUCGCCGGUUCCUUUUUCAUGGUUCAACUGCCGGAUGGAUCCAUGGAGAAAAGAAUGAAGAUGCCUAUUAACGUUGAUCCCGGCGUUCACUCCAGUUUCAAUCUAGAUCAAUUAGUGCCGGGAACUCCUUUAACACCAGUUCCAACGGUACCGACCCUCCCCACUAUAUCGGAGGUCAAAGUACAAGAGCACUCCUCCAGCGGGGCGACCAGCAAUAGUGGCAGCAUGGACUUGAAGACUAUUUCCUCCAAGUCGAGAAGUAAAAGAAACAUCGAUGAUACCAAAGAUUCGGAAAAGUCUGAGAGCGAGUUCAAGCCAGUUAUCCCUAGGAACGCUUCGCAGCCUGCUUUCACAACUCACGUUCAAGGCUUACCCAAAAAUGGAUCCGUGCCCUUCUUCGAUAGAAUCCGUAAAACCAGUACGGGUGAGAGGUACAAGCCGAGUCUCAGUGCGAUUAAGAACUCCAGAACUACGUUGAGUUCGAAUGGCGAUAUUAGAAAAAGUUUACACCUGAGACUCUCAACGAACAGUGUAAUGGGCUCACGAAAUAAUAAUGCAGAAGUGGAUGAUGGCGAGAGCAUUACUUUUACGACAAGCAAAUCUAGUAUUCCAAAGGAAAAGCCGCAGAUUAUUCGACCUUUGUCCAGAAAGGACAUUUUUUACAGUGGAAGCGUAGUUAAUUUACCAGAAUAUCAGAGCCAAAAAUCGCUCGCAAAUUACCGUCAAAGUGUGAUUUCUUUAUCAAAAUCUGUCCGUGGUGACCUUAAAGAUACCGACGUCGAGAAAGCUGCUCAGCAAUCAUUAUGUCCCUGCUUGGUAUUGCCUGACUCGUUUAAAGAGGCUUUGGGUACAAUGAUGGACGUUUCUCUACUAAAGAAUCCAGUAUUUCUUUUGAUCGGUAUCAGCAACGUAUUCGGAAUGGCUGGUCUCUAUGUUCCCUUCGUGUACUUAGUAGAUGCUGCAGUGUUAGACGGAAUCGAAAGGAAUUCAGCGUCGUUUCUACUGUCCAUUAUCGGUAUAACAAACACUGUAGGUCGAGUAGCUUGUGGGUUCAUCGCAGACUUUCCGCAAGUGGAUUCUUUACUAUUGAAUAAUAUUUGUUUAAUUAUAUCAACGAUCUCGGUAGCUGCUACACCAUUUUGUGAAUCUUAUGCGGCUUACAUUGUCAUGAGCAUCUUCUUCGGUAUAGCUAUAUCUGGAUACAUUUCUUUGACAUCAAUCAUCCUGGUUGACCUGUUGGGGUUGGACAAGCUAACGAAUGCAUUCGGCCUUCUAAUUUUAUUCAGAGGAGCUGCCGCUAUCAUUGGUUCACCUUUAGCAGGCGCCGUUUACGACGCGACGCAUAGUUACCGUAUUCCAUUCUUCAUGGCAGGAUUCUUCUUCUUUUUAAGCACUAUCACCAGUUUCAUGGCUCCAGCGAUGAAACGGUGCACUGUGCCGCAGACUCCACCUCCGAUGAUAGAUACAUUGACUCCGAUCGACGAAGAUGUCGAGGAAGAGAAUGAGGACGAUAUCCCCGAGAUCGUGGAAACUGCGCCGUCACCGCAAGAACCACCCGAGAAAGAAAUUAAGCAAAUAGAGUCUGUUUUAUAAGUCUGGUCCGUUUAAAGGAGAGAGAAAAUCGCCUUCACCUCCGAGCCACACUGUGAUAGGGCUGCUGCUUCGAGAAGGUCUGACAAAAGAAAAGAAAAGAAAGGUACUUCUUCGUUAUACAUUUUAACGGAAUUAAGCACAAAUUAAUAAUGAGUACUGCUCGGUGGUAUUUUCUCGGCGUACUUAGAAUUUUUGAAAUUGUAUUUGAUUCAUUUUUGUUUUUUAUGAUACUAAUACGUAUACAUGAACAUAUAUUAUAUAAGCGUAAGCGUAUACAAACGGUGUAAGACAAAAUACCAUCGGGCGAGAAAUCAUUUGCCUAUGUCAAUAGUAGAGUGAUAGAUAGAAGAAUUUAUUAAUUCAAUCAGUAUAAAUCGAUCAGUAUAAAAAAAUGUUGAAAAAUUGGAAAAAAAGGCUUUUGCACUUGCAUAUCGAUUAAUAUCGCGGGAGAAAUAUUAAUUCUCAUCAUGGAUAUCAUAUGAUGAAUAAUGAAUACCCACGUGUAUGUAUAUUUAUGUGUAUACACGACUCUGAUUAAGGAUGGUCAAUCCUAACUCGACUUUCGACUGGCUCUCUUUUUCUCUCUUCUCCUGUUAGUGCUGUUAAGGACACCUGCUCGCUUAUGUAUUUUUUAAUGUACGAUUUACGUAUGGAGAACAACGAAGAAGCAUUUGCUAUUAUGCGCACGUGUCGAGUUUCGCAGCUGGGUUUUCUUACGUUUAAGCAUCGGCAAUCUAACUUUGUAGAGCUCUAAACGUGGCCAAUGUCUUUCACGAUCGACCAUCCUUAAUCGACAAGACUCACCCCACCUAUAUACACGUAUAUACAUAUGUAUACAUAUACCGGAAUACUGUUACUUAAAUCUAUUUUUGGUCGCAAUCCAAAGAUACAAUUCCAAUUGAUUACAUUCAAAGAGAUAUUUUUCUUGCAUACACGACAAAUGUAUAUAUUAUAUAGGCGAAAGAGAGAGAGGGAGAAAAUGAGAAAACAGAUAUGGUAUGUGGAUUAGAGUUACGUAUACUUGAUAGAUGAAUUCGCUGUUUCGCGGGAAUGAAUUGUAAAUAAAUAUGUAGGCAAUUGUAAAAUAGUGUAUAACGAAUUAUCGAAAUCAGGCAAAUAGAGAAUGAUUUCUGUUUACACGGAGGAGAAUCCGUUUCGGCUCCCCCCCCGUAUUAAUAUAUUGGUUAAUGAGACAAUUAACGCGAUGCUAGGUAGAGACUAAUUAAUAUAUUAAUAAAUCAAGCUAGAAGAACGUUUAUUUGAUCGAUGAUGCGCGAAAGGAGAGAUGAGAAUGUCUUUCUGACAUCAGCUAGUUUGUGUAAAUUAAUUCUUUUAGUUAAUCAGAAUUGACUGUCAGGAAUACAUAGGAUGAGAGCACAUUAAUUAACACAAACUAAUUCUCGACUAAUACACGUUGCUCGAUGCGUAGUUUGUGUUGUCUGUUUCAUCGUUCGAGUAACUAUUGCAAUUAAUUACCGAUUAUCACGAGUACGUAGAGAGAAAGAGAGGGGAGAGAGAGAGAGAAGAGGAGAGACCUGUGUUUGAUCGUACUUAGUAAUGUUUAUUUACGAUUACGCAUACACGCCUACGAUCCGUAUAAAUAUAUAAAUCGUACCGAUAUAGAUUUAUAUGUUUAUGCGCACAAAUAAACAAUACAUAUGCAUAAGCAAACGAAAAGGAGUACUUGUAAAUCUUGUUAAACGGCAUACGAGGUGUUGUACCUCUAUGUACAUUGUAUAUACGAUAGUAUCGGUAAACAGCUACAAUGAUCAAUUGUCGAUACGCAGUGUUGCAAUGUAAAGGAGUUAAAAGAAACAGAAAAGAAGGAAACAAGGAGGAACCUAACCGUUGCUGUUGAUAAGGGAAAAGAAUACCAACAGUGCUAUUAUCAUCGCUACUACCGCUAUCACUAUUACCACUACUAUUACUAUUACACUAUAUUUACUUAGUACAACUAUUACGACACACUUAUUUUUAUUCUUAAUGAUCGUUGUGCAGGAGAACCGUGUUUCUUGUGGUUUUCAAUCAAAUAUAAAGAAAAAACACGCGCAUACACACACACACUGUGUAUGCACAUGCUACUCAUCCGGAAGUGCGUACAUGUGCACGCGUGCCGCAUCGAGUCCUACAGUUACACACACUAUAAUAUAGAGAGCAUAGAGAUAAUUAUCGACGCGCGUGUUCAUGUGUGGCAUUUCGCAUGCGCAUGUUUUUUUUCAUAUGUAUGUAUGUUGGCACAGACGGGACUUUAGCUGGUGAGAAUAUAUUACAGAGAGAGAGCGCGUGUGGUUCGUCAUGUGUGCAUAAUAGUGGCAUACAUAUGUGUAUGAGGCGUUCUUACAACACACACACACAUACAGGACAGAACAAAACAGAUAUACGCUUACGUACACACACGCGCGCACACAUACACACACACAAACCCAAAUACAGUCAGGUGGACCCUUUAAUCCUGUGCAUAUGUUGAAUGAAAAAGAAAACAGAAAACACGUGAAGUAUAUAUUAUAUGCUAUGGUACAAAGAAGGACAAAUGUAUUAGGUGAACGUUUAUUGAAAUUGAAGAGGAAUUAUGAAUUUUUAUUACUGAAA